AUGGCCACAAAGACGGAAAACCACGAGGUUGAGGAUGUGGCUCACAUGAACGUUGACGAGCCGCAGAAGAAUCAUACUGAUUACACCCGGGUUGACAAAGAGAUUGCCAAGUACGCCACCGAUGGCGCUAUCGAGAUUGACGAAGCCACCAAUAAACGAUUGAAGAAGAUGAUCGAUAAACGAGUACUGGUUGUGAUGAUGUUCACCUACCUCCUUCAGACAUUGGACAAAGGUGCGCUAUCCUUUGCUUCGAUUAUGGGAAUUAAGAACGAUGCGCAUCUGCAUGGUCAGCAGUAUUCGUGGUUGACUACUGUCGUUUACAUCGCCAUUCUCAUCGUUGAAUAUCCGGAAAACUGGAUCAUUCAACGAGUUCCGAUUGGAAAAUGGCUGUCCAUCAAUAUUCUCCUAUGGGGAAUUUGCAUCUCCUUGAUUGCUGCCAUGAACACGUUCGAGGGGCUAGUUGUGCUACGCGCGCUAAUGGGUGUCUUCGAGGCUGCCUGCCAGCCGACAUUUGUCGUGCUAUCAGCAACAUGGUACCGAAGGGAAGAGCAGGCCAGCACUAUCAACUUUUGGUUCAUGAUGAAUGGUCUCCAGAAUAUUGUCGGCGGCCUUCUGGCCUUUGGCUUCUCUUUCGUCCCCUCUACUUCGCCGAUCAAGUCAUGGCAGGCGCUGUUCAUGAGUUACGGUAUUAUCACCGUCUUCUGGGCUAUCUUUGUCUUCUUCUGGUUACCGGACUCAAUUAUGCGAGCAAAAUGCUGGAGCGAAGAAGACAAGCAAUUGAUGGUCGAGCGAGUGCGACAAAAUCAGACUGGUCUACAGAAUCGGAUCUUUAAAUGGGAACAAGUUACGGAGGCCUUUACCGAUCCACAGCUUUACGCUUUUGCCCUCAUUCAAAUGUUGACUACCAUCCCAUCCGGUGGUAUUGGUGCAUUCGCCAACAUCAUCGUCAGCUCAUUCGGAUUCAGCACCUGGGCGAGUCAGCUUCUGUUAAUGGUCACCGGUGCAGUAACAGCCAUCACGAUGAUAUCCUCCGCAUACCUCGACCGACACUUCAAGCAAACCAUCAUUAUUAUGAUCCUCUCACUCAUCCCUUGCAUCAUCGGCACAUCGAUCUUAGUCGGGAUCCCGUUCUCCUCGAGCAGAAAAAUCGGCAUGCUGAUCGCAUACUUCAUAUUCUACUCUUUCUUCGCCGUCCAAUCGCUCGGACUGAGUCUCAUGUCUCGAAAUGUGGCUGGCCAAACUAAGAAGUCGAUCGUCAUCGCGUGCAACUUUGUUUUCUGGGCUGGCGGAAAUGCGAUCGGACCUCAGAUCUUUCGGGAUAAAGAUGCGCCGCGAUACUACCUUGCCUUUGCGAUUAUUCUGGGCUGCUUUGGACUAUGCUUUAUUAUUCUGAUUGCCUUGCGUACAUGGUAUAGCAUUCAGAAUAGGAGACGGGAUGCGAGGAUUGCGUCUGGGGAGGUUAUCCCCGACGUUAACUUCACCCAUGCCUUUGAGGAUAUUACCGAUCGCGAGAAUCCUCACUUUAGAUAUAGCUACUGA